AUGAUGGACGGACGAUUGGAGCGAGACCGAUGGACCAGAAAUGAAAGUCAUAAAAGGCACAGGGAUAUUACACGCGGAUUGCAAGUGGAAAUAUCCGGGAUUGGCGACACCGGAUAUCUCUUCGUUGACCCAUUUCUCGAACUUGAGAGUCGCUCGGUGAUGGAUAGUCUCAGUGCAUUCGCUGAGAUCUUGACUGACUGGUAUCAAAAUGCCUGUGUCGUGACUGGCGCAGCCGUGUCGGACAUUAAAACCCUUUGGAUAAUAACGAGCGGAAGUUAUUUGCAUAAAGGAAAAAUCGUGGGAAAACUUGUGUCAUAUUACCUCAUUGUUUUGGCUAUUUAUAUGAUUGAGACGGCUUUGUGGGUGGAUAGGAAAAUUAUUGAGGUGCUCAGUGGUGUCAUCGUGGAGGCAAAAGAGUAA